AUGAGAUAUACUAGUUGGGAUGUGCUCCUAUUUCCGGAGCGGUCCAAGGUACCUAUACAGGAGUUUCGGACACAAUGUUGUGUUGUCAGUGACAAAGACUCUUCCUAUCUCAACGUCCCCUAUUUCACCCCUCAGCUCCUCUACUCGCAACGGUCUCUGGGUCAAUUGCCAAUCCUCACUUCUUUCAUCCAGAGUCUGCCUGCCCAGAGUCCCUUUCGGAUUUCGAUUCACAGUUGGGAAAAGCCGCAACCAUCACGCAUCUUGGAGAGUUUGAUGCAUCCCGAGGAUUGUGUCUUGUUUGAGGUUCGGAUUUAUACAGAUAAUGUCUGUGUGGCGGGCACUUUGUUUGGUCCUCGGACUUCGUGGCCACAUAUCUUAGAAUUUGGAUCUCAGAUCGACAAGAACGGCAAUCAUGAAAUACUUCGCUUCCCUCAGUUUCACCCCGAGGUCAUUGACGCCUAUGUCUGGGACGCAGCUGAAACUCAUGGUCGUAUACGCGUUGUCAUAUCAGAGGGGUUCUCGCGUCCUAAUCGCUCACCACCUUUCGAGCGAGUCAAAGAUGUCGUCGUAUUCUCGUUCCAACAUGCUCCCCUCAAUGUUUUGGAGAAUUGCAGCAUUGCCUGGCCCAAUCCUAACAUGUGGAAUCAGCUUCCCGGCAACCUGUUCAGGCUUCAAAUGAACCAUGGCCGAGGAUUCGCAAAUAUUGGUGGAUAUAUUGAUUAUGAUGGUCCUACCGAUGAUCUACAUACACACUCCCCGACCCGCCACGAUACAACACGAUAUGAGCCAAAUUGGAUGAUGGGAUUCGAAGGAUGGGCACACAAGCCGGCAACGGCACAGGCGCCUCCCCCAAUGAUGAAUUGGCCAAACUUUACUCUAAACCAUAUGAACUUUGGGUGUGCACCAAAUGCGCCAAACAAUCCAGGAUUCAUGGGUUCAGACCCUUUCAUUGAACCGGGUCUAGCUCAUCGUUUGCGACAAUCUCAACACAGUAUAGACGACAUUUCGAUGCCUGAUGCAGGUCCCAUAUCUGUGAGCAGUCGAGCCAUGUCUAGUAUUGCGGGUAUGAGUUUUGAGCACAGUUAUCAACCAAGUAUCGCUGCUUCACGGGAUGAUGAUCCAUUUUCUGUAGGCUAUUGUGAUUCGAGGAACCCUGCAAAGAUACACACCACCGCAUCGUCCACUCAGCAUACCGCCAUUCCCUCCAUGCCACCCAUAUCCCGGCCAUCGGCGGCCGCCCAAGCCCGACAUGAAUCAUAUUCGAAGAAUACGUCCAGGGCUGUCUCUCAGGCAGAUCCGAAGGACUUCAGACAGAUUUCAGGCUCCAGUGCGAGAUCCGGCCAGACAGACAAUGUGGUCGAGACUGUCACCACUCGAAAGGUUGUUGUUAGUCCCAAAGCUCAAGUCAAAGGCAAGAAAGAAAGCAAAGGGUCUUCCAGAAAGAACUCUCACAUCGAAUAUGAGCCUACUAGCGAGCCAUCCAGCAGGGAGGUGUCCAAGUCGGGUCCUCGCCAUCCGCAUGUCGUGGUACGUACAACUGAAAGUGUUGUGCAUGUGUCCAGUGAAACGAAAAGGAAGAGACAGUCGAAAGCACCAGAUGAGAUAUCUCAAACGAGUGACUCUCCAUCGAAGAAGGUAUUUCGUGUUGAGAAGGAACAUCGAAAUGAGAGAGAUUCACACCUUGAGAAAGAACUUCGCCUCGAAAAGGAGAGCUCUACCGCUGACGAUGACGAAAUAUAA